UCCUCCAUAAAAAAAAAAAAAAAAAAAAAAUUUCCGUACUCUUGAAGGCUGUUUCCAAAGAACAGCAGCAAAGCCGCAUGAGUUUUAUUAAGCAAUGUGCAAUUAGUAAUUGGCAAUUAAUCUCAAAAAGACGACAUUUAAUUGUUGUUCGGCGUUUGAGUCGAUGGGAACGUCAUGACAAACGAGACAAUAAAAGUUACAUAGAACACGGUAAAAGAAAGAAAGCAUACUAAAAAAACGCGCCUUCAAAACUUUUUGCUCUGACUGGAGGUUACGCAUUACAUGAAACAAUUAGGAUUGCGCAGAGUAAAGCCGUAUUUUUACCAACACAAAAUGCACGCCAAAGCACGCUGGAUAGGCAGACCUAUACUCAGUGUCUUCACACAAGAGUUUAGAAAUCGCAACGCUGAUUAUUACGAACGAGCGAUAAAGAAAGGAUGGAUCACUGUGAAUGAAGAGGCCGUAUCUGCAGAUACCAUCGUGCACGCCACUGAUGUAUUAAAGCACGCUGAACAUUUUCACGAAAAGCCCACUACAGCCCGGCCACUUUGUAUCAUCCACAGCGAUGACGACUUGCUGGUGAUUGAUAAACCUUCAGGGUUGCCUGUACAUUCGAGCGGACGUUUUAGAUACAACACAGUAGUAGAGAUCCUGAAAAGCACUUUAGGCUUGUCAUCUAUAUAUCCCGUCAACCGACUAGACCGCCAUACUUCAGGACUUGUGCUUUUAGCCCUGACACCGCAACGAGCAUCCGAAAUUGCACAAGAUAUGAAAGGUCGAGUUGUUCAGAAAGAGUAUCUAUGUCGAGUACUAGGCAAAUUUCCUUCUGGCAAGGUCGUAUGUAAUGUGCCUAUCAAACCUAUAUCUUUUAAAUUAUCUUUACAUUAUGCCCAUGCAGAUGGGAAGCCAUGUGCCACUGAAUUCGAACGAGUGAGCUACAACGGUCAAACGAGUGUAGUUAGAUGCCGACCGUUGACAGGACGCACACAUCAGAUACGAGUGCAUCUACGCUAUCUUGGAUAUCCAAUUGUCAACGAUCCAAUGUAUCAUACCACGUUCACGCCAUGGUUUCCACCUCCAAUGACAUGUAUAAACGAUACAGACGCCGAGCAGGUUGUGCAACAUUUACUUGAAACGACGCAAUAUGAACUGCAACAAAAUGACAACAACAGUAGUAACAAUUAUAUUUGCCCUGAAUGCAAUAUGUUGGUGCCUGAAGAUCCAAGACCCGAGACUAGCCUUGGCAUCUAUCUUCAUGCUUGGCGUUAUCGAGGGAAUGGAUGGGAUUACAAAACCGAGUUGCCACAUUGGAUAUAUGAACCAUUUAAUGAGCCCAUUACCCCGGCAUCUAUUAUUAAAAU